AACUGUAAAAACAGAAGUGCACUGAUCUUUGAAGUAACAAAGUUGCUUGGUUUGUUCUUGGCCUUUCUUGCCUAGAUAAAACAUCUUGAAGUUUGAAGUAUGUUUAGUGUGGCUUGAUAGUGAAGGGAUUUUGUGGAUGCAUAUACCCUGGGCAUAGGCUGUUUGUCAUUACGAAAAUGGCGGUGAAGAUUGUUAUUCGCCCUCACCCGAAGUCUCAUCCAUUCGCGGAGAGGGAAUGCUACGUGAACCCCAGCGAACAGAUGAAAGUAGGGAGAAGCGUUGCCAAAGUAAAAGCAGCUACGAACAAUUUCAUAUUUGACUGCAAGGUGCUGUCUCGCAAUCAUGCUGUCAUAUGGCUAGAGGAUGGGCAAUUCUUCAUCAAGGAUACCAAAUCCAGCAAUGGUACCUUUGUGAACAGUCACAGAUUAAGUCGUACAGGCGAGGAGAGUGCACCUGUCCCGCUACGAGAUGGCGACAUCGUUCAGUUUGGUGUCGAUGUUACCGAGAACCAAAACAGAUCAGUGACGCAUGGAUGCAUUAUCACCACGUUUCACUGCGACCUGGAUGUGAAGAAAACCGGUAAUAUUGCGCAGGAUCCUAUGGUUGAUGUAUCUGCUCGUGACUUGGAUGAGCUGGCUCGAAUUCUAAUAGAAACUAAGCAACAUCAAGAAGCUCUGGAAAGUAAACUGUCUGCAGUGCAGGUAGACAUCAAUGAAACAAAAACGGAAACACAGCAGGCCUACAAGUCUUACCUGGAUGAGGAUGAGCUGCUGUCACGUAUAGAGAUGUUGGAAAAUCAGCUGCAGUUCUACACACAAGACCUGACCGAGGAAUGUCUGCUCAAGCAGCUGACAGCUGAGACAGAAAAACGGCAUCAAGAAACCAGCAAGGCCAAGGACAAUAUCAAGCGGGUAUUGCAGGAAAAGCUCGACCUAUCUUGCAAGCUGUCUGAGACAAAGCUGGAGUGCGAUCGCUAUCAACAAGAGGCAGAUCGGAGGACAUUGUUGUAUCAGGAAUCUCAGAAGGAGAUGAGCGUUCUUGCUGAAAAGCAACGGCAGCGUCUUGCUGAAAUGGAAGAGCUACGCACUCAGCUGAACAGCAUGGAAGAGCGGCAUUCUGUUUUGGAGCAAAAGUCCUCGGAGGAACACACCGGUCUUAAUGCGCAACUCACUGAGCUCAAGGAGAAGCACGACAAGCUUGUUGAUGAGAGAGAUCGUCUGGUUGGCACUAAUGCUGCUUAUGAGGAGCACCAGGCAUCAAUAUCUGGAGAGAACAGUGAACUUCAAAGUGAGAUUACGACGCUAAAGUUAAAGCUGAAAACUGCAUCAGAGCUCAAACCAGAUGAUACGGACAAAGCUAGAAUAAAAGAGCUUGACCAGCGAUUGGAGGCACUUGAUGAAAAGUAUGGCGACCUGACACAGCAACUGGAGCAGUCACAAACAUCGAAUGGCGAACUGCAGCAGCUGGCCAAUGAAAGACUUCUGACGCUGGAUAAAGUGGAAAGCGAAAUCCAAGAAAAGAGCCGGGCAAUUGUUGCUCUCGAAGGCCGGAUAAAACAGCUGAGUGAAACCCCAGCGACUGCUGCAUCGCCCCUUGUAGCUCUUCCCGUGUCGAAUGGUCCCGCAGCUGUAACUCCCGUCCACGCCGUUGCCGCUGGCUCAGUGGGUAGUGAUAGUAGUGUAGAAGAGAUCAAGCGAUUGCCCAGUCUGGACGAUGGUGAUCUGGAUGGCAGCUUUGUGCCGGGGUCUGCGUCCUCCCCAAAUGGUCGGAAGGAAGGCAUUGCAGCGACACGAUCUUGUCCGGAUGUAGCCCUGCCGCAGAGUCAGUCAGCCGACUUGGCAGCGGCCGGUUCACUAAAAGACAUGCGAAUGUACCAGGCCAUGAAUGCGCCGAACCGCUCCAAUCACUCUUCACCGGCGCAGUAUGUUGCCAUGCGUCAGAAUCUAUCCGACAGUCGUAAAUUCAUAUCUCGGUUACAACAUGAAAAUAAGGACAUGGGUAUCGAGCAGAAGCGACUCAAGGGCCAAGUGGAGGAGCUGGAGAGUCGACUAGGACAGGAGCAGCUAUCUUGCCAGCAGCAGAUAGGUGCCAGCCAGGAGACGUGUCGUCAGUUGCAAGCACAUGUCGAUAGCCAAUCACUGGAGCUUAUUGAACUCCGGCGAGCUGCUGCAGAUAACAUGCUGAGGCAGCAGCGCGAGCUUGCGGGCCGGGAAGAAGAUGCAUUCAACGGCUCUCCAUCGAAAAUGCAUCCGAGUCGUGUUGUGAUGCAGAGGAGCCACUUGAUUGUGUACUGUGUCAGUGCGUUUGUUGUGGGCCUGCUUCUAUCAUACUUCUUAGCAUGCAGAUAACAAGACUCUGCCGGUCUUGAGGUUGCCUUUCUUCAUUUUUACUUAGUGAUAGCCUCUUGUUGAACGGCAGUAGCAGCUUCACCAUGACCACCGGCCACCGUUAUGGACAUACCACAAUCAGCGGUAGUCCCGCAUGUUGAGGCAGGUUUGCGCUGCACUGGAUGUAUCGCACCCUCCAGCAUUGCUGGCAACGCCGCGCAGAGGUAUCGCUGCUAUUUGCUUCACUCGUUUAGCCGUGUUCUCCUGCUUGUGCUGCAUUUGCUCACUGUGGUAAUAGCAGGCUUGACGCUCCAUUAUCCAAUCCAUGAUGCCAAUUUUAUUCAGCAUCCGUUCGCAAUGUGCGGAGGAGCAAUUUGUAUGCUAACUGUACGCAGAAAGUGAUAUGCUAAAAGCACUGGCAUGGUGCUGGUAUCCAUGCCCGGUCUAUUUUCUGGUCUUUUCUUAUCAAGUAUAGAUCUGUUUGCACGUGGGAACGUAGUCAACGUUCAGUCCAGUGCUGCUGUAUUUCUAUUAUUUUAAUUUCCACAGGCUCUCCUUUGUGUGCGUCUGUGUGCGUCUGUUUGUGUGCGUCCGACGUUGUCAGUAGUAGUCUCCCCGCAAGCAUUAAAAGAAUCUCUACUCGCCAAGUUUUGCUUCAUUACUUUCUUUUUUAUUACGAAACAUUUUAGCACGAGGUUAGCCGCAGUAUGUCUGUUUCCUCUGUAUAUACGGUAGUGAAGUUGAGUAUAUGUAUCAUGUUCCUCCCAAUGACAUGUGUAGCUUCUUACCAUUGUCAUCUUAGCAGUAGUAUCGUAUGGACCUACCUUUAUGGGUCUGGUUCUCUUGUGAUUAGAAUCUGGCACUGUAUAUUCUCGCGAACUGCAUGGCAGAUCGAAACGUACAGUGUGUUUCUUCUUUUUUUUUAAUGAACUACAUCACUUUA